GACUCAUCUAGUAUGAUCAAACUGGAGACCCUAUCCACCGUGAGUUCCUCACCAUCGGAGAAAAUCCAUCUCCGGCCAAUGACUCUUUCCGACGUCGACGAUUUCAUGGUUUGGGCUACUGACGUUACACGCUUUUGCACGUGGGAGCCUUACACUAGCCGAGAAGCCGCAAUCGCGUACUUAAACGACGUCGUUUUGCCACACCCUUGGCUCAGAGCUAUAUGCUUAGAUAACGACCGUCCGAUCGGCUCGAUCUCCGUAACGCCAGUCGAUAAGAUCAGAGGAGAGAUUGGUUAUGUCCUCGGAAGCAAGUACUGGGGGAAAGGGAUAGCGACGGAGGCGGUGAGGCUUGUGGCUGCGGAGAUAUUCAAGGAGAACCCGGAGAUGGAGAGGCUUGAGGCACUUGUGGACGUUGACAACGUUGGAUCUCAAAAGGUUCUUGAAAAAGUUGGGUUUGUGAGAGAAGGUGUUAUGAGGAAAUUUAUGUAUCUAAAAGGAAAUGUUAGAGAUAUGGUCAUGUUUAGUUUCUUGCCUUCUGAUUCGUUGCACUGAUCUGAUUUGAAUUGACAAAUAUCAAUAUAGAUAAUGUUUGUUUGAUAUCCAAAUUUGUAUUUUGCUUAGUUUGUAAAAAUAACAUGUAUAAUUUGAU